AUGCGGUGGUCAACGUUAAUUUUAGUAAUACUGUCAAUAUCAUGUGCUACUAAGGCAGAAUGGUCUUGGGGUGCUGAGUCAAAUACUAAACAAGCAGAAAACGAUGAACAAAAAUCAACAAGUUUGUUGCAAGGUGAACAAUUACCCGAAGCCGAGAAAAAACAAUAUGAAACAAAUGGAACAGUACUUGAUGACAUCGUCGAUGAGCUAGUGAGUAGCAAACAAGGCAGAAGUUUAGGCGGAUUCGAUGAUGUCUACAGUGAUCCCACGAUCAAGGAUGCCUUGGACGCUGGUGAUGACGUUGAAGCAAGAAAUUUAAUCAAAGGCAGACUGUGCACAUUAGGACUUAUACAAUGCGAAGAAGAAGAAACUCAAGAAAAACGUUACUUGUCACCCGAUGAUGUAAUUUAUGCACAACCUGUCGAUAUCAAGCCCAUUGGAAAACCAGUCCCAUCGAUCCCCAUUCGUGGACCACCAAGGGCUUACGGUCCACCUCAACCAGUUCCAUAUCCUGGACGCCCACAAAAGUUCCCACCCAAAAGAAUCGGUUAUGGUGGUAGUGGCCGUCCUGGUUUUGCCGACAAGUACGGAGUGGCGAGUAAUUCGUAUCAGUUUUCUCAGAGUUCUUUGUACAACGGCCCUGAAACUAACUACGUUACUAAACCUCCUGGUUAUAGCAGCCAAAGUCCAUAUACCUUUGAAAACUCUAAGCCUAGUUACAAUAAAAUACCAUCUUCACAAUCAGGUUCUAAACAAGAUUCAAUAGUUCAGCAACACAUUCAUCACCAUUAUGUUCAUGGUGACACUGACAAAGAACCAAAAGUUAUUAUAAAGCCUGUGGCGAUUCCGGUAGGAUCUGUUGGUCAAUUAAGUCAAGCUCAUGUUCAGCAAUCUUCAGAUGUUAUAACAGCUGGAGGGGGCGAUUACAGCGGUAUUAAUUCUGGUGGUUUUCAGCCCAUGUCAGGCAGCUAUCCACUAGAUAGCAAUAAGCCUAUUUAUGAAUCCGACGCUAUUUAUGGUUCCCAGUUUGGGCACAAUUCGUAUAAAGGGGGUGCUAAUGUUUUAAAUCAAGGUUUACCAAAUCAGUACCCUAACAAUGUAUUCGAAGAUCAAAAAUAUGGAAACGGUUUAGGCACUUAUGGUCAACAGUCCAAUGAAUUUUACAAAAAAGAAUUACAUGUAGGAUCUGGAAAUAAUCUUUAUAGCCAAGGACCUGCGACGUUUGGUCAAAGCGAUGCAUAUGCAGAAAAUUAUCAUGAAGCCAAAGCUCAAGGUUUUGAAUGUGUUUGUGUCAAUUAUGAUCAGUGCCCAAGUCAAGAAGUGAUUGGUCGCAGGGAUGACUUAUAUUUACCAAUUGACCCUCGUAACAAAGGUAGCGAAAUUUCAGCUUUAACAGAAGAACAGUUAGAUACUAUAAAUAAGACUGAAAACUCGCAAAAUUCAACUUCUGAGGAAACGAAACCGAUAAGCAAACGUGAAACCAAAGAAAAAGAAGCAAGUCCAAAAGCAGAUGAAGAAAUUGAACCGCGGCCUCGGUUCCCUGGCUUCAGCGGGCUUAGCAGCCUUAGCAACAACAUAGACUACAGACAUGUCCAGCCCACGUUUGGUAUCUCUUUCGGAUUGCCCCCUUCGAUUACCGGCCCAACACCUUUUAAUCCACAUCUUCUUCCUCAUAUGCCCGCUAUCGGAGGAGGCGGUUUUAAUUUAGGUUUAGUUUCCGCGAAUCCUUUAAUCUCUAUUCAGGUAACUAAAGAUGAUUAUGGAGAAAAAGUUUAUAAGCCUCUUAUUCAUGUUCAUGUUGUACCUAAUCCGAAGACAGUGGCGACCGUAGGACAAUUAUUUCAUCAAAAGAAACAAUUUUUAUUACACAAACAUCAAAGUUUAAUUGUACCGCCUAUAGUACCAGUACCUCAUAUACCAUAUCCUCAUUCAUACCCUGGACCUCAUCAUUUGCAUCUAUAUGCCAACUCAUAUAACCCUCAUCACUAUGAAGGCUUGCCUCAUUUUCAUUCCAAUGAACAUUCACAAAACUACGAGUCUGAACAAAUUCACAGACCUUAUUCAGCCCAUUACAUAGAUUACGAGUCUGAUAAAUUUCAAGAGCAAGAUUACAGUAAUUUUGAACCUCCGUUAGGUAACGAUGAUUACUAUGACGAAAGUGGUAGUGAUGUUUAUUACCGCAAUAGGCAAACAAUUAAUAAUCAAAAUAAUAGAUCAGCAAAAGUCGAGGACGAAAAUAAACAGGGUAUUUACGCUAAACAGUAUGAUUAUUCCCAAUCCCAAAAUAUUCCUUCAAAACCUUUUGGGGCAAGCCGGGGAGGCCGAACAAUUAGGUUUCCUGACAAGAGACGGAAGAGAGAAAUCAUAAUAGAAAAUUCUACUGUAGAAAGUGAAGAGCGUCAAGCUUACUUUGGACGUCCUCCUGUACAGCAAUGCAGACCUAACCAGGUUUGCUGUCGUAGGCCGUUGCAACCACAGGCAGCAAACAAAGGACAGUGCGGUAUUCGACACUCUCAGGGAAUCAAUGGUAGAAUUAAAACACCUGCUUAUGUCGAUGGUGAAAGUGAAUUUGGAGAAUACCCUUGGCAAACUGCCAUUUUAAAGAAAGAUCCUAAAGAAUCAGUAUAUGUAUGUGGAGGUACACUCAUCGAUGGUCUACACAUUAUUACCGCUGCUCACUGCGUUAAAUCAUACAAAGGUUUCGAGUUAAGAGUACGACUUGGUGAAUGGGAUGUUAAUCGUGAUGUGGAAUUCUAUCCUUAUAUUGAGAGAGACAUCGUUUCUGUCCACGUGCACCCUCUGUAUUACGCAGGAACCUUGGACAACGAUCUUGCUAUUUUGAAAAUGGAUCAUCCUGUAGAAUGGACCAAGUAUCCUCAUAUUAGUCCCGCUUGUUUGCCUGACAAGUAUACAGACUACGCUGGCCAAAGAUGCUGGACAACGGGUUGGGGCAAGGAUGCGUUCGGCGAUUACGGCAAGUACCAGAACAUUCUAAAAGAAGUUGAUGUGCCAAUUCAUUCACACGGUCAAUGUCAACAACAAUUAAGAAAGACCCGACUGGGCCACAACUAUGAACUGAACCCUGGUUUCCUCUGUGCCGGAGGAGAAGAAGGUAAAGACGCGUGCAAAGGUGACGGAGGUGGUCCUUUGGUGUGCGAGCGCGGCGGCACCUGGCAGAUCGUUGGUGUAGUGUCGUGGGGCAUUGGCUGUGGACAACCCGGCGUGCCAGGAGUCUACGUCAAAGUUGCUCAUUAUUUAGAUUGGAUAGCACAAAUAACUGGAAAAUUUUCUCCGUACUAA